AUAACUGAUAUUUAAUUUUAUUUAUUUACUAUGUAACAAGUCAUAUUACAUCGCUAUAUUACAUAGUUUUAUACAUUGUUAUUUAAAAAAAACCAUAAAUAAGACUGAAAACUUUUAAUUGUGCAUAAUAGUUGUACAUUAGUGGUUACUUAUUACUUAGGUAUGGAUCCAGAAUUUCUUUCUAGAUUAAUACCACAAAACAAAGAACAUGUACGUCCAGCAUGCAAAAAGUGUGGAUAUGCUGGACAUCUUACAUACCAAUGUCGUAAUUUUAUUAAAGUUGAUCCAAACAAAGAGAUUGUUUUGGAUGUUAGCAGUACUAGUUCUGAUAGUGAUGAAAAUUAUGUGACUCCUUUGACUGAACUACGUGAAAAGGAAUUAAAAAAGAAGUUACAGGAAGCUAAGAAGAAACACAAAGAAAAGAAAGGUAAAAAAAAAUCUAAGAAACGUAAAAGAUCAACGCCAAGUGACAGUGAAUCAGACACAGAAGUUUCUAGUAAUGAAGAGAGGAAACAUAAACAUAAAAAGAAAAAAAAGAAAUUAAAACAUAGAAAACAAAAGAAACAGAAAAAAGAUAAUUUAUCAGAAACUGAUAGUGACGAUAAAAAAAGAUAAUUUCUUUUCG